AUGAGCAAAGAGUAUUCUAAGCCCGAAGACUUCCAGCAUGCCUUCCACUGGGCGGAGACCCAGAAGGACGGCAGUGUCCCGUCCUUUGCGACUCGUCCAAACGACCCAUAUAAGUAUCAGCCCGGAUUCAACAACAGCUUUGAGUCCGAGGCUAUCCCUGGCACCAUUCCCAGGGGGCAGAACAACCCAAGGGCAAUUCGCUAUGGGCUUUAUGCGGAGCAGAUGACGGCAUCCGCCUUCGUUGCUCCCCGCCACCUGAACAAGAAAGCCUGGCUCUAUCGCUCUCGCCCGGCCGUUGCCCACCAAGGUUUCACGGAACUACCUGACAACAAGGAUACAGAGUCUACAUUUCUUCCCAUCAAUCCUAGAGUGCACAUUUCGCCAACUCAACUCGCGUGGAAGCCGGAACCUAUUCCAGAGGGUUCCUCUGUGACCUUUGUAGAUGGCCUGAAGACUGUAGCUGGAUCGGGUGAUCCCACCCUGCGCGAGGGCUUGGCGACUCACGUCUAUUUAGCCAACGCGAGCAUGGAGAAGCAGGCCUUCGUAAACUCGGAUGGAGAUUUCCUCAUUGUCCCCCAGCAGGGCGCUCUUGACAUACAAACCGAGUUCGGAUUUAUGUAUGUUCAGCCAGGCGAGAUCUGCGUGAUCCAGCGUGGACAACGGUUUAAGGUCAACGUCGAAGGACCAACGCGUGGCUAUAUCCUCGAGGUUUGGGGUGCCAAUUUCGAGCUGCCUGAGCUGGGCCCCCUUGGCGCCAACGGCCUUGCCAACGCCCGGGACUUCCUGCACCCUGUCGCAGCAUUCGAGGUCACCUCCGACGAUCCUUGGGAGAUCGUGUACAAGCUGGGCGGCAAAUUCUUCAAAAGCACCCAGAAUCACUGCCCCUUCGACGUCGUUGCUUGGCACGGCAAUUACGUUCCUUUCAAAUACGACUUGACUAAAUUCGUCAAUGUGGGAUCUAUCUCAGUUGACCACAUCGACCCAUCAAUCUUCUGUGUCUUGACUGCCAAGUCACGAGACCCUGCCGCACCUCUUGCUGAUUUCCUUAUCUUCUCGCCGCGCUGGGACGUCGCGUCUCACACCUAUCGGCCACCUUAUUACCACCGCAACUGCGCCUCGGAGCUGAUGGGUCUCAUCUACGGUGAAUAUGGCGGCCGCUCUGACGAGUUCAAGCCCGGUUCCAUAUCGUUCGAGUGUGGCUACGUCCCCCAUGGUGUUGCAUACGAAGAGUUUGCUGCCGCUUCAAAGCAGCCUCCGCCAGAGAUGCAGAUCUCCAAGGGCUCAAUCGCUUUCAUGUUCGAGAGCAGUCGUCCCUUCACCAUCACCGACUGGGCAUGGAACAGCAAGCAGAAACACGAGCACGAUCCUAAGAUGUGGGACAAUCUCGUCGAUAAUUUCUCCAAGCACAAAAUUGCGCUGGAGUACAAGCAGAACAACCGCAAGUAG